AUGAUGAUGAUGAUGAUGAUGAUGAUGAUGAUGAUGAUGAUGAUGAUGAUGAUGACGAUUCAUGAUGAUGAUGAUGAUGAUGAUGAUGAUGAUGAUGAUGAUGAUGAUGAUGAUUCGGAUGGAGAUGAUGAUGAUGAUGAUGAUGAUGAUGAUGAUGAUGAUGAUGAUGAUGAUGACGAUGAAGACGAUGUCGGUGCUCUUCUCCGCUGA